UCUCCCUCUCUGUUCGGAGUAUUAUUGUUGAUUGCAUGUUGACGAUUUUGAAAAUUGGAUUCAUAAAUUAAUUUGAAAAAGGCUCGUUUGUUACACAUGGGAGCAUGAUCGGUUAUGAAAUAUGAACGAAGCGUUUUUCUGAAAUAAACAACAUUCCAAUUGCAGCUAUGUCACUGCAUAUACAAGGAGUGCACAUAGCGGACGGCUUCGCAGACGACUGUGAUGAGCUCAUCCACCGCUGUCUGCAGGCAGGAACCGUCACCUUCGAGGUGUUCUCGGAGAUAUGGAAGGAGAUGGAGAUAUCUUCCCUUUAUCAUGGCAGAACAUCAAAUGCAGAAAUAGCAGAACUCUCAGAAGAAGUCUUACAUAUAGCCAAACACUAUAUGGUUGCUGAUACCAGUAAUUUUGAGGAAUCAGUAGCCGGUCUAUUCCUCGUCUACGGUCUUCUAAACACACAACCGUUCUCCAAAUUCGCAGCCCUACGUAUAGUACAAGAGGACUUGCCGGCUAUAGAGAGGAUAAAGUUAGUGGCUCGGAGAGAUAGGAGGCAGGAUGUCCUGUAUGUGUUGGGUUCGGUGCUCAUACAGGGACCCGUUCAGUACCAUGCUGUGGUGCGGGAGAGGGGCAUGGAGUAUUCUAUAAGGAAGUAUUUGGAAGGAUACACAACCAUAGACAAGCAAGGUGUGCGUCCUAAAGGUAUAUUUUACAGACAGAAUACGGAACUGGAUAUUAUUAGAGAAUUGAAGAACCUUACUGUGCGUUACACAAAGGCCAAAGAAAAUAUUGAAGGUGUAAAGCCGGACGAUCGCAACCUGAACUACUUGGACGCGAACUUUGCGAAUGAACUCGACAGUUCCUUGAAGAACAUCAUCUGCGGGAUCAUAGAUGAUGAUGAUGGUGACGGAGACUCCAGUAGCAGUUUAGAUGCAAUUAAAAAUUUAAAGCAAAAAGCUAUGAAAGCUACAGUGAAACCUAUCAGACAUCGCAUGGCUGUCGACAUGAGGGCAAAAUCCAACCAGAAAGAAGACUCAAAGUCACCCCCGGAUAAAGUCAAAACUGUCAAAAAUCCUCAAAACAAGAACAAAGCGAAAAAACGAGUUCGUAAACCAAAAAGUGAUUCAGACAGCGACGAUUAUACUAUUAAGGCAGAUUCCGACGAAAAUACUCAAGACGGUCUUCUAAGUUGUGACGAACUGGAUGUGACGAAAUUCGACCAACCGAACCUAGCAGAUAUUGAACAAGAAAUCAGCAUCGAAAUUGAUGAUCUACCCGGAGUUAUAGUAAACGAAAUUCAGGGAAAAACAUACGAAAUUGAAAUCAUUGAUCAUUUGAAUACACCGUCAACGUCAGAUCCGGGUGUAACGGCAACUUUGGAUACGGAUUUCGCGCCAGAAACGGAGUUUAAGUCUGAAGGGAAAAAUAUUAAGAGGAUUGAUAAAAGGGAUUUGAAGAAGACGAUUUUGAAAUCUAGGUUUAAGAGGAUGGGUAUGCUGCCUGUGGCUAAUUUUGAGAAUAAUAAAUGAA